UGUGCUACAGAACCUAUAACAAGGAGGACGUGUACUCAAUUUUUGAAAUGGAAAACCAAGAUUCAAUUAUUCAUGCUAUUCAAGACCUGGUUAACCCUGGAGCAGACCUAGGAGCUCUACUUCUAGCUGCAGUGUGGGAGGAGAAGGAAUCCGUGGUUGAGAACCUACUCCGGAAAAAAGUAUCUCCAGAUACAAGAGAUACUGAGGGAAGAUCGUGUCUGCAUCUAGCAGCAGUUCGAGACAACCCUACCAUCCUCUCCCUCCUCCUACAGUUCAAGGGAAGUGUGAACUGCUGGGACGGGUCGGAAAGAGCCACUCCUCUCUUCUGUGCGGCGGCUAUUGAGAACUCUAAAUGCCUCCCUAUUCUCCUGGCUAGUGGAGCUGAUCUGAACCAAGGACUACAUGAGUAUGGGUUGUCUGCGGUUCACUGUGCUACAAGCAGUAAUGCUAUUAAUAACCUGACUUUACUCCUGGAGAUGGGAGCUCAACCUAACUCCGUUCUUCUCUACAGUGAGACCCCGCUUCAUAUUGCAUCAAGUAUGGGAUAUUCAGAAUGUAUGAGAAUACUCCUGGAUCAUGGUGCAGGAACUGAAAUGUUAAUUGGAAGUAUGAGAAUGUCUGCUCUACACCUGGCUGCUCAAGAGGGAAAUGUAAACUGUGCUUCUCUUCUUCUCAAUCGUGGAGCUGACCCACACGCUAAGAAUGCGCGUGGACAAAGCGCGCUUCAUCUAGCCGCGCUCUCACAGUCUCCAGAAACUAUGGAGCUUCUUCUAUCAAAAGGUGCGGAUCCUGAGUGUGAAGAUAUAGAUUGCAGAACCCCUCUACAUUCAGCAAUUGUUAAAGGAUCAAGAUCCUAUGAAUGUGUCCGAAUGCUACUGGAUGCACGAGGAGAUGUCAACCAUCAGGAUUCAUUUGGAUAUUCUCCUCUCCAUAUUGCAGCUUUAAACGAGUAUUCCUACUGUGCUAGUCUCCUCCUAUCAUAUGGAGCUGAUGUAACUAUCAGAACUAACGGAGGAACUUCAGCUCUAUCUAUGAUUGUCAGAAAGAUUCCCAGCGUUCUUCCCAAGUUUGAAGAUAUGCUUGAUGAAGCCAUUACUCUGGCUGAACAUGAUAUAAACGAUGUUGAUUGUGAACUGAAACUAGAUUACAAGGUUCUGAUACCCAACAAGGCGAGAGGAGAGAGCGCUAUGUUUAUUGCGUUUAUAGAGACCGGACACAAUCAUCUUCUCAAACACCCGCUCUGUGAGAGUUUCCUUCACCUCAAAUGGUUGAAAGUUCGGAAAUUUUUCUUCGUUAGUUUAGUUUUCCAUCUUGUAUUCACGAUGCUGCACACCAUAUAUGUUCUCCAGGUGUACACAGGACAGUGUAUACUUCAGAAUAACUGUGAGAAGAGAAACAAUUCUGAUUUCUCGAAUGAGUCUCCGGUAAAGAGCGGAGUCAGCGUAGAGGGGAAAUGUUUUAUUCCAUACAUAGAAAAAUGCAGGAUCACCAUGUCCACCAUUGUGGUGUGGAUCCUCCUGAUAAUCUCAACCUUGAUCCUCUCCGCCAAGGAGAUCUUCCAGCUGAUGCACUCUCAGAAGCUCUACUUCUGCAACUGGGAGAACUGGGUGCAGUGGGGGAUCAUCAUCAGUGUGAUGACAGUCAGCUUCCACACAAAUCCUUUUCCAAACCUUGAUGUUUACGUUCAUCUAGUAGAACGCUGGCAGCAUCAUGCUGCUGCUAUAGGAGUAUUCCUUGUGUGGGGGGAGCUAAUGCUGAUGGUAGGACGACUACCAACCUUUGGUAUUUAUGUUCAGAUGUUUACAACUGUUGCUAAGAACUUCUUUAAGUUCCUCACCGCGUAUUUCUGUCUAUUGGUCGCGUUCGCGCUCAGUUUCUGCGUUCUGGUUCCUAACUACAGGAGCUUCAACUCUAACGUGGUGUUCGCGGUGGUGAAGAGUUUGGUGAUGAUGGCAGGGGAGAUAGAGUACGAGGAUAUUAUUUAUGAGAACGGAGAAGAACUGUAUCCUGUAACCGGACACAUGAUGAUUCUACUGUUUGUAGUUCUAAUCAGUAUUAUACUAAUGAAUCUACUGGUUGGUUUAGCAGUAUCCGAUAUACAGGGUUUACAAAAGUAUAAUCCUAUCUAA